AUGUAACAAUCACCUGAAAGGGGAGAUUAAAGCGCCUCUCAAUGGGGUCCUUUGUUCGCGGCCUCAUUUGAUGCUUUGCGGCCUUUUCAAACCACGUCGCGGAAGGCGCUUUAAAUGUUUGCCCCCGAAGCCGGGGCGGCUUCAGUGAGCGGGCAGCGCCGGCAGCAACGGCAGAGCCGGGAGAGAUGGAGAAGGGGCCCUUCUCGGUGGAGUGGCUGGCCCAGAGCAGCCGCGGCGGAGCCCAGCCCAUCGCCGCAGCCCGCCGGCCCCGCUCCCCGCCCGGAGGCACCGGCAGCCAGGAGGGCCCGGCGGACCUCGCCGCGCCCCGGGACCGGGAGGCCGCGGACCGCAGCAGCCCCGGGCACGAAGCGGAGGCGGGCGGCGGCGCCGUGCCCGGGCGGCCCCGCACCAAGUUCUCGGCCGCGCAGCUGCAGGAGCUGGAGCGGAGCUUCCGCGAGCAGCGCUACAUCGGCGCCAGCGAGAAGCGGCGCCUGGCCGCCGCGCUGAACCUCUCCCAGAGCCAGAUAAAAACCUGGUUUCAGAAUCGUCGUAUGAAGUUUAAACGUCAGACUCAAGAUGCCAGGGUGGAAGCUCUUUUCUCAGGCUUAUUUUUGCCCUAUCAUUGUUACCCAGAUAUUGCUACAUCCAGCUAUUCUCAUGGGAUGGACAUCAAUGUCUCUUCUACCUCUACCGUUUCCCUUCACCCAGCUAUGCCAAGCCCUGCCUUGUUGUUACCUUCUGUUCCAACUCAGUCCCUUCAGCCAAUUUUGCCAAGUCCAGCUUUGCUAUUGCCUCCUAGCCCAGGAUUAUCUUGUUACUCUUCUGUAAUUCCAGCAAUGACUCUAACGGAUGACCAUCGAAGACUGAGGUUCCAGCCAUUCCUUCCUUCCUGUUAAAAAUGUCAAAGAUUACUUGUAAUCUAUAUAAGAACUGCCAAAUAUCUCUAAGAGUAAUUAUUUAACUUAUUGUUAUAUUAACUAAUUUUUUUAAUCAAAUUUUGGGGUUUAUGUUAAAGGAGAAAAGAAUUUGCCUAUAUUAGAGAAGUAAUACUGAGAGUGGAAGUGGAGGACUUGAAACUUCCCUUUAUUCCUACAGUCUCCAUUAUGCUGUACUGAAACUUACAUAUAAAUUUUCCUAUCCAAAAGUUUGUUUUCAGAAAACAACCUAUAAUCAUGUGGGAAUCUCCACUGAAAAAGUGGAAUACUGUUUACACUUCAAUUUGCAUAGCAAUUAUAUCAUGUAAUAGACAACAAUGUUAAAAACUUUGGCCAUUGAGCGUGGGUUUUUAAGGAAAGAUGUGUAAACUACAGCAAAUGCAUUGACAUGAAAAUGGUACCAAAGGUGACAGCCCUAUGAACAAAACUGAACAAGUUGUCCAGUGUUGUCUUUUAUUUGUAUAUUCUGCACCAUUCCUGAAGUGGUCUCCCCUGUUUGUUGAUUUAGAUAUUCCAUUUAUGCAUUUAAAGAGAGGUGAGGCUAAGGAAUUAAUUGGCAAGCAUGUAUUUUGAUGCCAAUGUCAAACAUACUUGUAAUUUAAGUCUGCUGAUGAAAACAUUGGAGUUGUUCACAAGUUCAGGUCUCCUGGGACACUCAAAAUAAAAAUAUUUCAGUUUUUACUUCUAAAGUUUCAGCUGUAACUUGGCAGCCUCACUAAUUUUAAACUGCAGGAUUCUGUUAGGCUUGCUAUCAGGAACACUCAAGGCUGUUGCUAGAAAUCCCAAAGCAAGCUUUAUGGAAAAUGGCAACGCUGAGCCUUUAGGGAAUAAUGAGAAACAAGAGAUCUUGCAUCAGCACAAAGCAACUGCGGCAGGUGCGAUUACAUCUCCUUCCCUGGCCCCGACCAUCCUAACCUGCUUGCCAGGUGAUGGUUAGACUACUUUCUCUCUUGACAGUUGCAAAAAAAAGCCA